CUAUUUGAACUGCUCUUCUAUAAGCGUCUAUAUUCUUUGAUCAUAGUAUCAUGAUAUAACCUACAAAUAUUUGAAAUAACAUAUUUUUAUAAACAUAACAGAACAAAGGAACAAACUAAUCAAAUUUAGAUAAACCCACGAAUAUAAUAUUCGCGAUUGCUGUAAAACCACUAAAACCUACAUCAAACUUUUAAAUAUGAAUCUAAGCCACACUAGGCUGUUGAAGGAAGAUUUGGAUAAGUCUUGUAAGGAGUUAGCUUUAUAUCUCCUUGGGAAAAUAUUAGUUCGUAAAUUAGAAGACAACAUAAUUCUAAAAGGGAGGAUAGUUGAAACUGAAAGCUAUCUUGGAGGUGAAGAUAAGGCGUCACAUUCAUACAAUGGAAGACGGACUAAAGCAAAUGAACCGAUGUAUAUGCCACCAGGUACCUGUUAUGUGUACAUGACUUAUGGAAUGUAUCAUUGCUUUAAUGUAUCCAGCAGGGAACCAGGUGCUGCAGUACUGUUAAGAGCCCUGCAACCUUUAGCAGGGUUUGAUGUUAUGGAGAAACACAGAGCUCAAAAACAUAAAUCAAUAAAAAAUUUCAAACCUGCCAAAUUAUGUGAUGGACCUUCAAAACUAUGUAUUGCAAUGGACAUAACUAAAGAAUAUAUUAAUAAAUUAGACUUAACAGAUUUAAAAAAUAAUAAUUUAUGGCUAGAAGAUGAUUCAGAGUUUGAGCAAGAUUUUACAGUGGUACAUUCAGCGAGAAUAGGCAUUAAGAGAGCAGAAGAAUGGAAUACAAAGCCACUUAGAUUUUAUAUUCUUAAUAAUGAUAGUGUCAGUAAAUGUGACAAAGCAGCAGAACUUCAAUACAAAUAAAAUUGUUGAAAAUUA